CUGAUGGAUGAGUUCAUCUCAGAAUAUUGUCUAUAGCUCGCUUCUACCUUGCUGACCAAGCCGAUGGGCAGGUCGAGCCGAGGUGAAAUAUUUGCCCCCGAGUCACGAAGAAGUGAGCCAGAGAGUCAUGCCUUGACAGAUUUGAGCUGCCACUGAGAAGAAACAUGGGCUAUGACUGUGAUGACUGAGCCGUCGCAGAGAAGAGCCUAUAUAAGACAUGAGCCUCAACAGAGGCUUGUGCUGGCUCUAUGUCAGGUACCCAUAUCCGUCUUUGACUCGCUCAGCAACACUUCCAACAUGAGGUGUCACAUCUUCACCUCGAUCCUCUCUUUUCUCUUUUUCUCUUUGUUCCUCUCUUGUGUCCUCGCCCAGGUCCUCCGAGAUGACUCUCCAAUCUGGGUACAGGGAGCGUUCGAAGACGCAACCGUCACCGCCAAUGACACAUCCUACAACGCCGGCGGUACAAUCACCGUCAACGGCUUCGUUUUGAAUAUCCCCAGAAACCUAUUGGUCCAGUUUCCUGCCGCGUGGGUGCCGUGGAGAGACUUUGUUGCGAGCAAGUCAGACUUCAUUGGGUUUGAGACCUUGGUCAUGGGCAACACUAUCGAGGGAGAACCCCGUGUCGGUCAGGUGGUCAUCACCGAGUUCUUCGAGGGCCUCAGCUUCGGCUUCAUCGAGUCGCUCAAUUACACUGAUGGUAGCAUGAAGAUCGAGAACGGACCUACCGUCCGCAUCAGCGAUCCCAACGGUGUCUUCUCUGUUGGGUAUGACGGUGCGCCGUUCAUGACGGCGGAUGAUCAAAGUCCCAGCAUCACUGCGUUUUCAGGAUUUCCUAUGUGUAUCCCCCGCAACGGUUCUGAUCCCUUGUGUCCGUUGAGCAAUCGGCCUACUGGCCGUCCCGGAAUCUUUCGCGCCCCCGACCCAUUGGUCAUGGCCCCCUUCCUCCCGGGCGAUCUCAUCACCUUCAGUGGCUUCCGGCGCGGCGACGAAGUCAUCGCCUUCAGCAUCGUCGCCCAAAACGUUCAGAUCACCACUGGCGAUGACAUUGUCUACAUCCGCAUGGAGCUCGCUCUCCUCGGUAUCUUCAGUCCCAGCCCGGCAGCUGAAAUCGCUGACUCCAGAUUCAUCGGCUUCUCCUCCAACCCCCGCACCUCGGUAACCCUCUACGCACUCGACGUAAACCCCUGCACAGGCGAGACAACAGAACGCAUGAUCGCCGGCGUCGGUCUUCGCGGUGGACGUAACUUCCAGAACAAGUUCGAGUACCGCAAUGAGAUCCUGUUUGGCUACACAAGGGAGUAUCGUGCCGUAGCUGAGAUUGACGGUGUCCCCAUCACCCGGAGAACCAGGAACGGAAUUCUGGCAGGGAGCUACAUCCAACCUGUGAACGUGUGGGUUCAGACCGAGAUGGACAUCCCGGGGUUGUUCGCCAACGGCGUGCCGUUUGAGUUUCGGGAGAUGGAGUUCUUGACCAAGGGUGUUGGGAGGGACGAGAAUGGGAAUAUCUGGGGUCCGUUGGAUCCGUUUCCGCAGUCGUUGGUGCCGAUUUCUGCGCCGAACUGUGGAGGAAUGAACUCGAGGAGGGGAGCCGAAGGCCGUGAACCUGUCAAGGGUCCUGUGAGAUCGCGGAUCCAAAGGCGGAGGACGUUUGGGUCGCGAUUUGGCCGAAUGAAGGCUGAGGCAGUUGCUGGCGCGGACAACAAAGGCACCGAGGAGCCGGAGGUUGUUGUUGCUCCUGCGGAAACCGCAGCUAUUGAGGAGAAGGCGAAGCUUGAUGCUGUGUUGGAGCAAGAUCAGAUUGAAUCUGUGUUUGGUGACGGACCGCAACUACAAUGAUGGCUGGAAUGGGUUCGAUUUCUCAGGUUUGCUAUUGAUAGGAGCCAUUUUGACUCAAGUACCUAAAGUAUCGGGUACCGACCUAUAUAGCUAUAUCACGGUUCAAGAAUACCUACAGAUUCCUUUGCCAACUUAAACUCUU